CUGCAUCUUCAACCUCCAUUAAACCUCUUCACUACCCCAUAUCCUUUACGUCACCAGUAGAUUUGAUUUUGAGGGAUUUCUUCUGGAGCUGCAGCAUAAUCACAUCUUUCGGGCCUCAAAAUCCCCUGGCAAGGCCCCCAGUAGCCACGCGCAACGGGCAUGUCGCGGGGCCCAGUUUCUUCUCAGCUUCACUUGCUGUCAAAUCUCCCUGCUGUACCUAUCGGUGACAAAGUCAGAUUCCUCGGAUGCGUCACUUCUUACUCAACCUCUUCGGCCUGUCUCUUCCUCAGUCAUCUUUAUCCAAGAGAUAGCAAUGCCACUGCUGUGGUGGAUGUCAACCUGCUUCUAGAAUCCCUCACAGCUGAGCAAACAAGUGUCGGCGAGUUUGUCAACGUGAUAGGGUAUAUCACAGAGCAAAAGAUGACUCGUGAUAAGAAACAACCAUACCAAGAGUCGAAACAGGUGUGUGUGCAAGCGAUAGUCCUCUGGUCAACUGGUCCCAUGGACCUUCAGAAGUACGAAAAGCUUCUCGAUUCCAAAUGAAUUAGCAUGAGGCAUGUAGCGCAUGCAACCAACAAACUGUGGGAUUAUCAGAUCCAACUUUGAUUCAUCGCUAUUUACCUAAACUUGCGCACGAUCACACAAGCAUGGCAGCAUAUAACUUAAAAUCCGAUUGGAACACGAGCCGGGUCCCGAAUUUGACAACUCCACUCCUUGUACUUUUGUGCAGCUCCAGCUCGACCUGCUACAUGCCCAAAACAAAUGUAAUUUGGGCAGUAUCUGCACUCAAAUGGUUUCUGUUGGGUUG